UUAUCGGCCACUGUUUUGGAACCAGGUUGCCGUGGGUCAGAUGGAAUCUGUUGGGAUUUUGAUUCCUUUAAUAAACAGGCGGUUUGUUUGGCAGGAGAAGUACCCAGACGUGGUCAGCCUUCCAGAGGGAUGCAGAUCUGAGCUCAUGAUUAUAAGGAGUCCUCAACUGCCCGGGACCUCCACGACCAUAUUCUGGAAGAUCGAUGUAUCCAUGGAAGGAGUGGUAAAGCCAUCGCUUGAGCUCCUGCUGAAAAUGCCAGACCAGGCUCGGGAGUUUGACACCAAAAAAGUGAUGGAAAACGGCUCGAAUUACUUUCAGAGCCUCCUGAAGGUUCUCGGGGUGGAAGCGUCAAUCGAGGGCUUGAUAAGAACCGUAUGUUUGUGAGAAGUCAUAAAACAAGCCAACGUUCACGCCGUGGGAACUUCAUACCUAAUCUUUUUAUUCGAUAUAAACACCUGUACAAUCAGCCGUUAGGAACUACAUGGUGAUGCCACCUGUACAUGUCAAUCAUUUUUUACGCAUGAUAGGCCCACGUUGCGUGGAAAUAUACAUUAUUAGACAAGAGCUAGAAAAAUAAAUAAUUUCAAAUACAAAAUGUUUGACUGCAAAAUCCACUUUGUAUUUUCAAAUAGUUAAAUUUUAACAUUAGAUUCCAUCACUGUAACUGUGAUCUUCUUUUCUUUUCUUGCUUAAUAACAGAAUUAAAGUCCAUUCUUGCCUA